AUGCCUGCUUCAGAUCUGCAUUCAGCGCUUCUGCGCCCUGCUGUGAUGCAGAUCCUGAAAGCAGCAGGAUUUAACCUAGCCAAACCUUCUGUCGUUGACACUGUUGCAGAUCUUGCUGCUAGAUAUCUUCUCGUGUUAGCCUCCGAAGCUGUACAAUCAGCGAAGUAUACUCAUGGUGACAACGAGCUUACCAUUCAGGAUAUUCGAAUGGCUUUACAGAAAGUGGGUGCUUUGAGACCUCAGUUGAGCGCUACUGAGGAGGCUACGAGAGAGACUGAGUUCGUCAAUGGUGUUCUAGUACCAUUCGAGGACUUACGAGGAGUUGACAAUUUCAUCGAAUGGGCCCAUGGUCCGGUCUGCAAAGAAAUCCGAAGAGUAGCUGGUCUGGAUGGUGGUGAAUUUGAUAACGUUGCAGAUCUUGCUGCAGGCAUGGACGAGAACGAGGACUAUGUGACAGCGAUCAAGAAGAAACACAGCAAGACCGCAGAAGAGUCACGCUUCGAAGGCACUAUGCUUGGCAGAGAUGCAGACUUGCAACCAGUCUCGAUUGCUGGCGGUCCUAUUGGGAGCCUAUCUCAAUGGAACGCAGCUAGAAUGCAGGCUGCAGCAUCAGCGCAUGGAGCUCAAUCUGUUAGUAGUGCAGUAAGCAGCGCACUGUCUACUCCUAUCGACAGUGCUACUCCCGAGCACGUUUGA